GUAUAUAAAACAAGCCAUUGUCAAGCUCGGUUCUGACCGCCCAGCUGCAACUCCUUCCUUCCACACACGCAGAGCACAGCACAGGAAAGCGGAGACCUUCGACCUGCCAGCUGCAUGAUGGCAAGGCGGCAGAGAGGAUUCCGGCUCGGCCGGAAGCUGCUCGGCCUCUGGCGCUGGGCGCUCUGCAACCGCCGGCGACGCGGCUACGCCCGCCUGCAGCGGUGCCAGCUGGGAGCUGGCGCAAAGCCGUCCCACGCGGCCGUCGGGAGCGCCAAGCUGCAGCAGCAGCAGCAGCUGGUGGUGCUGCCGCGGGAGCGGGACGAGCCCCGGCGGAUGCUGGGGUGGGGGCGGUCGCUGGCGCGGCGGAUGAGGCUCCUGCCGCGGCGUGGCGAGCGGCUGCUGGAGGACGCCGGCGAGGCGACCACGCCCAAGGGGAAGGUGGCGGUGUACGUGGGCGGCGACGAGCCCGGCGGCGAGUCGAUGAGGUACGUGGUGCCGGUGGUGUACUUUAACCACCCGCUCUUCGGGGAGCUGCUGCGCGAGGCGGAGGAGGAGUUCGGCUUCGAGCACCCCGGCGGCAUCACCAUCCCGUGCGCGGCCACGCGGUUCGAGCGCGCCGCCGCCAUGGCCGCCGCGGGCGGCGGCAGGAAGGCGCCCGGCUGGUGGUAGCACGGCGGCUGCCUCCUGUACAGUACUAGUACAUGCAUACACAUGCGUGCUCGAUUGAAUAGAUAGUUGGAUGGAUGUGUGUAUUUUUCGUUUCUUUUUACCAGUUUGACUUUUUUUCUGGGUGUUUGCGGGCGCUCAUGCGAUGCGAUCACGCGAGUUUUUUUAGUUUUAGAGAAGAUGGAGGAGCGACCCGGGCGAGGAGGCCAGAUUUGCUUCCAGCCUCUAGCUCUAGCUCAACAUGUUCCCCAACUUGCAUGGUGAUCGUGUGCGUCCUGUAUGAUCUCUGGUGGCCGAUCUAGUAGGCAGCCAUUAAUUUGCUGCAUCGAUCAAUGGAUCAUGGCUGCCAAUUAACCUCCCCGGUUGAAAUGUGAUCUGCCUGGCGUAAACGGAUGAAAUAUUCGUGGUCAA